CACACUAGUUAAAUGCAUUUACAUGUAUUGUUUUCUUUUCUAAAUUAUUAAUCGUAAAGAAACUCGUCUGUGCGCAAAAAGAGCAUGCGACAUAACUGAGGAAUAAUAAAAAUGUGUAGUUUUAUUUUAUGUCUUGUCUUUAUAAUAAAUAUUUUGCCAACUUUUACAAGCCUGGAGGAGGAUAUAUUUUGUUCAAGUGAGCAUCUACAUCAAGCUAUGCUGGAAGGGAGCUAUGUACUUCGUCGGGUUAAUGUCACAAAAAUUCCGCUGAAAAAGACAAGGGAUAAAAUAAACAGGUUCAGGUUUGACAUUGGAUUUUACAAAUCGUUAAGUGAGAAAUGGACGGACGGGAUGGCUAGACAUCCAAUCUAUAUAUAUUCAAUGGUCAGAGAUCUGUAUUCUCUACGCAUACUAGAGAAAAAUCUGCCUCACAUGAUUAAUGUAGACAAUUUACCAACUAAAGAAGACCUCGAGGGAACCAUGAGCGCUCUAAUAAGGUUACAGUAUACUUAUGGACUCAAAGUAGCAGAAAUGGCUGCAGGGAUAAUUGCCGGUGAAACGUCCAUGUCACUGUCCGCUGAAGAUUGCCUUUUGAUUGGUGCGCAGGCGCAUAAAGAAAAGAAACAUGAAUGUGCAAUCGAAUGGUUGAACCAAGCUCUGAUAGUGAACUCUACAAGAACAAAGACCUUAAAGGCCAAAAUAUAUUCAAUCAAAUGUAAAUGUGAAUCUAGGAUGGGGAUGAGAACUGAUGCUUUAAUGUCUGUAACACUUUGGCUGAAAAAUGAUAAAGACAGUAUUGAGGCCAUAGAAUGGCGCGACAAGAUUUUAAACAUGCCAGAUCGGAGAAAUUAUAACGUCUUGGGUGAUGAUAUGCAAAAUUACAUCACGCUUUGUCGUGGAGAAAUGACAAAGGAGUCGUACAAUUCUACGAUCAUGUCUAAACUUCAUUGUCGUUUCUAUGACAACAACCGACAUCCUUUACUGGUCCUGCAACCAGCACGACAAGAAGAUGUUAGAGAUGAUCCGCAUAUGAAAAUUUAUCAUGACGUCAUAUUGGAUGGAGACAUAAAGGUCCUAAAGGCCAUUGCUAAACCUAAGAUAAAGGUGUCCAAAGUUUUGAAAAAAGUGUCUAGUUCCAAGAUGAAAUCAUCAACAGCAGUCGACUUAAGGGUGAGCAAAGGAUAUGGUAUAACGGAUACCGACCCUACUUACAUCAAAGUAAGAAAUAAACUAUUUAAUCGUGUCCAGGCCAUUACGGGAUUCUAUUCCAAGUCUAACGAAGCUUUACAGGUUGCCAAUUAUGGUAUAGGAGGUUACUACAGCCCACACUACGACUGGUCUUUGUUACAUGCUGACCCUAUGCAUAAUGACAGAAUUGGCACGUUCUUAUUUUAUCUUAACGAAGUCGUGGCAGGGGGCGCAACAGUUUUCCCGCGCAUAGGUGUCCGAGUUGCUCCUAAAAAGGGUGAUGCUGUCUUUUGGCAUAACCUUCAAAGAAAUGGAACAGGCAAUGAGAAAACUUUUCACGCUGGUUGCCCCGUGUUGCUGGGAACCAAAUGGAUAUCGAAUCUCUGGAUAAGAAGACAUCAUCAAGAAUUUGUCCAACCUUGUACUCUUAAUGAAUAUGAAUGAACCAGUGACGUUAAGUUUCAUUUUUGCAGAAAUAACAAAAUUUAAAGGGACUCCGCUGAGGCUUAUUGACAUAAUGGAACUAGAAAUAAUUUUUCGAGAUAAAUGUUCCAUUUGAUGUAGGUCUAGACUACCUACUUGUGUGUGAAAUUUCAUCAGAUCAGUUGCUUAUUCCUUUUUUCCAGAACAUGUAUUCUAAUUGUGAAAAAUGAUACAAAAUUGAAAAGCGUUGCAAUGCUUUACUAAGAUAAGCACAAUAAUACGAUUUUUCAUUUUUUUUAUUUUGACUUUCUGUUGCUUAUCUUUCUGUUUUAAUAUUUGUCCCAGCUCAUCUAU